AUGGCAGCAAAUGCAGCAGCAGCUGGUAGACUUAUGGACAAAUCUUACACUGAGGCUAAAGAGAUACUAGACCGUAUUGCUAAACACAAUAUGGAAUGGGUGGAUGAUACGAAUGAUGGAAAAGCUGGCAGGAAGAAGAGAUCUCAUAACGUUAAUUCUAUUGAUGCCAGCGUAAUAGCCACACUUUCUGCUCAAGUAGGGCAGAUAGCGAGCGAGUUGAAAAACAGGCAGCCUGGUGUUCUACCUAGCAAUACUGAAACACCUGGGAACAAUGAUGGGAAGAAGCAAUGUCACGCGGUGACGUUGCGGAGUGGAAGAGCUCUUGAAAAGAGAAGAAUGAAUCCAAGAAAUAGCAGUCCUUUGAAAGAACGCAUCACACGUUCAAUGGAUCAGGAAGAAAGAACGCUCGAGACUACGAGCCAUUCAGAACCCAGUACGUCUAAUGCAGGAAACUCUGAAGUUACUUUGAACACACCAUUUCCUAGGCGUCUGAUGAAGAAGAAUGAUGAACAAAAAUUCAAGCGCUUUCUUGAGCUUCUAAAGCAGCUGCAUAUUAACAUUCCACUGAUAGAGGCUUUGGAGCAGAUGCCAACAUAUGUCAAAUUUUUUAAAGACAUUUUGACAAAGAAGAGAAGAGUCAGCAAGAAGGAAGUAAUAGCGCUAACGCAGGAAUGUAACGCGUUAGUAAGUAACAGUCUACCAAAGAAGCAGAAGGACCUUGGGAGCUUCCCAGUUCCUUGUUCGAUAGGAGGAUUGGAUGUGGGUCAUGCGUUGUGCGAUCUAGAAGCCAGCAUAAAUCUCUUGCCACUUUCAAUUUUUAAGAAAUUGGGGAUUGGCGAAGCACAACCCACUUUUGUCACUAUUCAGAUCGCUGACAGAACAAUUAAGUACCCAGAAGGGAAGAUUGAAGAUGUUCUGGUGAAGGUUGACAAUCUCAUAUUCCUAGCAGACUUUAUUAUCUUGGACUAUGGAGCAGAUAGGGAGGUACCAAUUAUCUUUGGAUGCCCCUUCUUAACUACUAGGAAAGUUUUAAUUGACGUGCAUAAAGGCGAAUUAACUAUGCGCGUGGACAAUAAGGAGGUGAAGUUUAAUGUGCUCAACACAUUAAAGUUCCCAAAUAGUGAAGAUUGUCAACUAAACAGUAUUGAGUUGCCUGAAGAAGAUACUUAUGUAUGUGAGGUCCUCGCGUUGGAGGAGAACCUGAAAGAAUCAGAGCCGCCAAGUCUGAGUGAGCGGCGGACAAAACUAACGCGUCCAUCACUUGAAGAACCACCAGAACUCGAGUUGAAACAGUUACCUGGACACUUGAAAUAUGCGUUCCUUGGAACCAACAACACUUUACCUGUGAUCACUUCGCAAAUCUUACAGAGCCUAAUGAGUAAUCUCUCUUGCAGAUGCUGA